AUUCGUCGGCCUUUAACAACUCCAACAACUUCACCUUCUCAAGCUGCCGUACCGAUCAGUCAUGCCAAAGUCCUCAAACCGAAUCGUCGUACUGCUCGUCCUGAUUUUCGUUGUGCUUUGCUUUACGACAACCAUGACUGACGCCGAGCGAAAUAUCGGUGUUUGCAUUCGAAACUGCGCGCAAUGCAGGAAGAUGUUCGGCACGUAUUUCAUGGGACAAAAAUGCGCGGACUUUUGCGUGAAAUAUAAGGGAAAGCUUAUUCCGGAUUGCGAGGACGAGUUCUCCAUUCGUCCUUUCCUUCAAGAGGCCGAGAACGAUUAUUAGUUCUCAGAACCGAUAGGAACUCCUCGACUUUCUCCUUCAUCUUCAUCGACGCGUUAUGAUAUUGAGCCGCGCAAAUUAUAUACAUAUAUCCUAGGAAAAUUUUACCGUGCAUUCUUUUUGCUACACGCUAAAGAAAUAUGCAGUAACGCGUGCGCAGAUUUAUAAUUUUCACCACGCAAGUAGCGAAGACCACGCUACUGCGAUCGAAUAUAAUUCGAAAGUAUGAAAAUGCGAAUUUUAAGACAAAUUACUUCGAUCUUUCGAGAUCGCAGACCAUUUGCUAAAUUGACAAUGACAAACCGAAAUGUUAUUUUUAAAAUGCC